CCAUAUUUUUCCAACUUCCUCCGUACCGUAACCUAGAGAGCUCUAGAACCUCUUACACAACUGUCAAUGGUCUUUUUGUUGAAAAGGGCAAAAUUGAAACAUCAAAUUGAUUUGUUGUAGAAUAAAAAUUGAUUUGAAGAAGAGAACUUGCGCCUGCAGUUGACAACUUGAACUCUAUUACGUAAAAAUUUCUACUAGGAAGUUGCGCUUGUAAUGGAUAUAAUCUCCCAGCUACAAGAACAAGUUAAUUCGAUUGCAAAUUUAGCUUUUAAUACCGUUGGGACAUUGCAAAGGGAUGCACCUCCUAAUCGGCUCGCACCAAAUUACCCUGAACCACCACCUGCACAGCCUACGGAGGAUGGGGCAAACUUUUCUGAGGAACCAAAGCUGAUGAGUGCUUCUUUGGUGAAAGCUGCUAAGCAGUUUGAUGCAUUGGUUGCGUCGCUUCCAAUAUCUGAGACAGGUGAAGAAGCACAGCUUAAGCGGAUUGCAGAACUACAAGCUGAAAAUGAUGCAAUAGGCCAAGAACUUCAGAAGCAAUUGGAAGCUGCAGAGAAAGAAUUAAAUCAAGUUCAAGAGUUGUAUAGCCAAGCAACAGAUAAUUGUUUGAACUUGAAGAAACCAGAUAUCAGUUAGUUACUUAUGCUGCUGCUGGUUGUGCUCGUAGAAGGAUCACAUACACGAGCUUAUCUCAUCUCAACUCAAAUCAGGGCCUGCUGCUCAAAUCAACUCAUGUAUUGUUCAUGUUGCAUGACAUUUUGUAGAAACUUGUAAAGAUAAUGAUGGUAAUUGCUCUCUCCUAAAGGAAAAACUUAUUGUGGUUAGCUAAUUAUUAUAACGGGAAAGUUAUUUUGACACCUUAAUAGGUGUCCUAUACUGUACUUGUAUACUGUUGUGGUUUUUUAUAAUAAUUAUUCGAGGGUUAUAUUUA